UGUCUCUGUCCCUCCCUCCCUCCUCCCUCCUUCUCUCAAUCUUCCACUCCUAUUCCUCUCCUUCUUCUCUGCUCUUACUGUCCCGGGUUCUCCAGAUUUUAGGCUUGUCAUGACUAGCAGGGGGGACAGUGUAUGUGUGUGUGUUUGUGUGUGUGUUAAUAUUUGACUAGAGGGAAGAGAGCCGAGAGAACUGGUACCAUUCACCGUGCAGAGCUGUUGUGCAACACCAAGUGCAACACAUCUCUCGCUUCUUCUGCUUUUUAGCAUGCGGCUUUGAGGGCGUCUGAAGGAAACUGUUGCAUUUGCAGGCUCACACUGAAAAAAACUGCAACAGCAAUGGAGGUCUUGGUGCUGAUCGACUUCGAGGGGACGAUGGGGGACGAGAUGACGGUGCGAGCGGGAGACGUGGUGAAGAACGUCAGCAAGGCCCGGGAGGAAGGCUGGCUGCAGGGGGAACUCGGGACUCAAAAAGGGAUCUUUCCAGCCAACUUUGUCAAGGAGGUGCCAGUGUACUUAAUGGGAGACACCAACAGGGAGCCAAGAAGCAUGCGGAAAUCCAAAAUGGUGAAGGCAUCCUCUAGGAAAUGUGAGGUGACAUUUACGUAUACUGCAGAGCAUGAGGACGAGCUUGAUCUGGUUGUCGGGGAGACCGUUGAAAUCCUCAGAGAGAUUGAGGAUGGCUGGUGGAUGGGAAAGAGAAAUGGCAAAAUUGGAGCGUUCCCUUCCAAUUUUGUCAAAGAGAUUAAAGAUGCCAAGAUGACGGAGGGGAAGGGCCGGCCCAAGCUCUCGGACUCCACGUUUAACAACAAAGAGACACAGCACCAAAGGAAAACAAGCGUGCGCAGAAAAUCCUUCAAAGAAAAGGAAAGAUGCCAGGUCAUGUUUGACUACGCUGCUUUUGCCGAGGAUGAGUUGGAAAUGAAGAAAGGAGACAUCGUCACUGUCAUCUCCAAGGACACAGAAGAUGAGGGCUGGUGGGAAGGGGAGCUCAACGGGCGGCGGGGCUUUUUCCCUGACAACUUCGUCAUGGUCAUCCCAGAGGACGCCCUCCAAGCUGGUAACACUAGCAAGCCUCCAGCCCGGCAGCCCACUAUCUCAGUCAAACCAGAAAUGGAGAAAACCACACCUGAUCCUAACCUCAGGAAAGAGUCAAAAGAUGACAAGUCCGACAUGAGGAGCGAGCCUCCCUCCAAAAUCAAACUGCCUGGACUUCAGGGCUUACCUGGACGCAAAGCGCCGCCGCCGCCGCCCGUGAAAGACAAGCCCCACUUCAUACCCAAGAUCAACGGAGAGCAGUCUAGUGCUCCUUCCCAGAGCGCAGAGCCGGAGAAAGAGAAGGAGUCCGAACAGUUUGAUUCCGUGGACGUGGCGUCGGAAAAACUGAGCCACCCCACCGCGAACAGAGCCAAGCCACCUGGGAGAAGGCCACCCUCCACCCUCGUCAUCCACAGUCCAGGUGAGCGGGAGGAUGCUGAGUCAGAGAAGAAGCUGCCGUCACCACCUAAGGUCACAGAGAACCAUUUGCCAACCCCCGGAAAGACGGAACAUCCACACAAGCCGGCAGUAUCACCUCCGCACCCGCUGGUUCUCCCCAAGGUCCUGCCUGACCUGAAGCCAGUCGCGGCCCAGGAUAAGAGCUCGUCUGUGGAUGACCUGCAGGCUGAGGUCCGGGAGCUGAGGAUGACCCUGGAUCAGUUCAAGACUCGUCAUGAAAAUGACAUUAAAGAACUGAAAGAUGAACUGCGAGAGGAGAGGAACAAGCGCACAAAAUUAGAGGAAGAGGUACAGGCUCUGAGGGGCCGCCACUAGAAGGACCAGGGAGGAGUAAUAGCUUGUCACUCAGACACACUGGACAAAAGUUACACUGAUCUAUGAUCUCCUGCGUAUGAGAAAAUACCACACACUCACACUCUCACAGGAGCCUGACCGUUCUGGAGAGUCCCUGUACGUACGCACACACGCACGCACGCACGCAGGCACACACACACACACACACACACACACACACACACACACACGCACACACGCACACACACAUUACAUAAUAUGUCCUGCACACCCACAUGGUGUGGCUACUGAGAAGCAGGCUCCAUCUUACUCCCCAGAGGACUGUAAGUGUAACAGUAUUGUACAAUAUAGAUCAAAUAUAUUUACAGAUUAGUACAGGGUGAGAAUGUUUUGUGGUGUUUGCUUUUAAUGUCUACUGCUGUUAUAUGCCAGUGCUCUGUGGGAACGUUUUAUACUUUCUAUCUUGGGUCUAUUGUGUCUGUUGUGAAUGAAUCUUUUGUUGCACUGUUUGAGCUCUUUACGAGGUCUGGUAGAUCAAAUAUUUUCAUAACCUUUUGACAAAGACCAAAGGGUUUUAUCACAGAGAUAAAGUGAUAUGACCACAAAGGGCAGUCAGGUGACUUGAUUGUUUUUAAUCCCCAGAUACUUUGCGUAUACAGGCCUACGGCCACGAGCCCUCUGUAUAGCAUUUAGAACUUACUUGUUUAAUUAAUUUUCUUUGACACUGUUGUUUUGUUUAUUUUGUGCUAUGUAUUAAAAAGAUAUAUUUGUAAAUUUGAACAGAA